AUGAAGAACAUAUGCAACUCGAAUUGGGAAUACACUCUCCCCAGCUAUGGCGAUAGACUCAUAUCACAAGAAGAAGAUACGUACGACCCUAACGUGGACUGUAACAUCACUCUCAUUACGUAUCCACCUUAUGAUAAAUUCAAUAUCGAUUUUGAGUAUAUAUACCUGGAAGCAGCCAAUGCUGGAUGUCAUGACUAUCUUAAUCUUUAUGAUGGAGAUGUUAUAAGUAACGAGACGUUAAUUGAGCAGGUUUCAGAAAAUAUAACUUGCGGCGAUACUAGUUUUUAUUGUGCAUACAACGAUUGGUGCAUACAGAAUAAAUUGGUGUGUGAUGGUAUAAAUAACUGUGGCGAUGCUGCCGAUGAGGAAUCAUGUGAUACCUCAAGCACAAACUGGGUCGUAAUCGUUGUUGUACUUCUCGUUGUUAUACUCGCUCUAUGUAUUGGUGUGUGUGGUCUUUUUAUGUGGAUACAUCGGUAUUUUUUCAAGAAGAGCACUAAGAACACUCCGUCAAAUAUUAACUUAACAGACAUUGCUACUGAAUAA